AUGGGAUAUGGGCAAAUCCUCCACCGGCAUGGGAAUGAGGGGGACCAGGUCCACCUCAACGUGGGAGGGGUACGACAUGAAGUGGAUCCAGACACACUGCUACGCUUCCCUCACACACGUCUGGCUCGUCUGCUGCGCUGCCAAAGUGAGGCAGCGAUCCUGGAGCUGUGUGACGACUACAGCCCGGCUGAGAAGGAGUACUACUUUGACAGGAAUCCCAGGGUUUUCCUCUGUGUGCUCAACUUCUAUCACACAGGACGUAUCCACAUGAUGGAGGAGCUCUGUGUCUUCUCCUUCAGCCAGGAGAUUGAGUACUGGGGCAUCCAGGAGCUCCACCUGAGCCCCUGCUGCAGCGACUGGUUCCACGAAAGGAAGGAGUACAUUGAAGACAGAGACUGGGACAUCAGGAGCGAUGACCAGCAACAGCCAAGCUUUGACUCUUCCUUCGAGGAACUGUCUGCCCUCGAUAAAGACCUGGCCAAGUUCAAAGGUGCCUGGUGUGGGGAAGUUAGGAGCUACAUUUGGCUCCGGCUGGAGGAUCCAGGUCACUCACGAGGCUCAAAGGUCAUCGCUGUGGCUUCUCUCAGUGUAGUGUUGACCUCUAUUGUUGCUAUGUGUGUCCACAGCAUGCCUGAGUUUCAGCUUGUGGACAUCAAUGACAGACCCAUUGAGGACCCUGUUCUCACAGUCCUAGAGGUGAUCUGCAUUGCCUGUUUCUCGGCUGAGUUCAUCAUCAGGUUGAUUGUUGCGCCCUCCCGCAGGAAGUUCUUGGGAAACCCUUUAAACAUUAUUGAUGUUGCCUCCAUCUUGCCAUUUUACGCCACUUUAGCUCUGGAGACAGCUGAUGAAGAUGCCGCAGAGGAGAAUGAGGAUCUACAGAAUGUUGGGAAAGUGGUGCAGGUUCUGCGUCUCAUGAGGGUUCUCCGAAUCCUCAAACUGGCCCGGCACUCCAUUGGGCUGCGGGCGUUGGGUGCCACUGUCCGUCACAGCUACCAAGAGGUGGGUUUGCUUCUUCUCUUCCUCUCGGUGGGGAUCUCCAUCUUUUCUGCCCUCAUCUACUUCGCUGAGAAGGACGAUGAGGAGACUGAUUUGCAGACCAUCCCUUCAGGCUGGUGGUGGGCCACCAUCACCAUGACCACAGUUGGCUAUGGUGACACCUGCCCAGUGACGCUGGCGGGGAAGAUGGUGGCCACCCUGUGUAUUAUCUGUGGACUAUUAGUGGUGGCUCUGCCCAUCACCAUCAUCUUCAAUAAGUUUUCAAAGUAUUAUCAAAGAAACAAAAUCCUGGAGGAGCAGGGGAUCACUAAACCUGAGAGACAAGACCCAGAUCUUCCUUAUUAUAACAUCAGAGACUUGUUCACAGAAAGCAUGUAUCCUUUCUUAGGAGGUAUCGCCUUCAGGAACAGUGAGGGCAGUGGUGGAGACGAUACAGAUGCCUCCAGUCUCCAGGACAUAGAGGUGUAUGAUAAUGACACUUGUGAAAAUAGGGCCGCAAAAUGA